UGGGCUGCGGUCGGGUCGCUUGGGUUCCUCCUUUUCCUCCCCUCCCCCCCUCUUAUCUCCAAGGUCUCCCCUGCUCUGCUGGAGAUUAGGGAGCGCAGACACCGCGGCUCCGGCUUUCGUGCGUCCCGCAAGCAGCUGCAGGACAUCCCAGAGACUAUGACUUCCUCCGAUGUGGCGCGGCACCCGAUCUAUCAGUCUCUUGGGGGAAUGAAAACAUGUUCCACCUCACAAUCAAGCAAAGAAGAAGAUGAUACUCCUCGUUGUUUAAAUAUUACUGGCCAUGUUGGUUUUGAAAGUUUACCUGAUCAGUUAGUCAACAGAUCCAUUCAACAAGGGUUUUGCUUCAACAUUCUUUGUGUGGGGGAAACUGGAAUUGGAAAAUCAACUUUGAUUGACACAUUGUUUAAUACGAAUUUUGAUGAUCUUGAAUCUUCACACUUUCACCCAAAUGUAAGACUUAAAGCACAGACAUAUGAACUCCAAGAAAGCAGUGUUCGGUUAAAACUGACUAUUGUCAAUACAGUAGGAUUUGGUGACCAGAUAAAUAAAGAAGAGAGCUAUCAACCAAUAGUUGAUUACAUAGAUGCUCAAUUUGAGGCUUAUCUCCAAGAAGAACUGAAGAUAAAAAGGUCUCUCUUUAACUACCAUGAUUCUCGCAUCCAUGCCUGCCUUUAUUUUAUUUCACCUACGGGACAUUCCCUUAAGACACUUGAUUUGUUAACCAUGAAGAGCCUUGAUAGUAAGGUAAAUAUCAUACCUGUGAUUGCCAAAGCAGAUACAAUAUCUAAAACUGAAUUACAGAAGUUUAAGAUCAAACUGAUGAGUGAAUUGGUCAGCAACGGAGUCCAAAUAUACCAAUUCCCAACAGAUGAUGAAACUAUUUCUCAAAUUAACUCCUCGAUGAAUGGACAUUUGCCAUUUGCUGUUGUGGGCAGUAUGGAAGAGGUCAAACUUGGAAAUAAGAUGGUGAAAGCUCGUCAGUACCCAUGGGGCAUUGUUCAAGUGGAAAAUGAAAAUCAUUGUGACUUUGUAAAGCUCCGUGAAAUGCUUAUUUGCACAAAUAUGGAGGACCUAAGAGAACAAACCCAUACUCGACAUUAUGAACUUUAUAGGCGAUGCAAACUGGAGGAAAUGGGUUUUAAAGAUGUAAGUCCAGAAAACAAACCUGUCAGUCUUCAGGAGGCCUAUGAAAUCAAAAGACAUGAAUUUUAUGGUGAACGUCAAAGAAAAGAAGAGGAGAUGAAACAGAUGUUUGUGCAGCGAGUGAAGGAGAAAGAAGCGAUCUUGAAAGAAGCUGAGAGAGAGCUGCAAGCCAAAUUUGAACAUCUUAAAAGACUUCAUCAGGAAGAAAGAAUGAAACUUGAAGAAAAGAGAAGGUAUUUGGAUGAAGAAAUAAGUGCUUUUGCUAAAAGGAAAGCUGCAUCUGAGUUACUCCAAAACCAGGCUUUAAAUGCUUCUGGUACCAGUGUGAAGAAAGAAAAGGAUCGUAAGAACUCCAGUUUUAUGUAAUACAGAAGUUCCAGAUCUAUGUAGCAAAGGUGAUUACACAAGGGAAAAAUCAAAGCCUAUUUCUAAACAUAAUGUUUCCUUAUGUAGUGUUUCUUCUUGUUUGUGCUGUAAUUUUUUACUGUAAUUUACUACAUGUAAAUUUUUACAUGUUAGAUGAUCAUAGAAACUAGCAGUUAUAUAAAGAUAUUUGCAAUAGACCAAUACAUAUGCCAUAAGUACUGAUAAGAUUAGUCAGUACUGAUAAGAUUAGUCUUUAUUGCUGCUACUUUGAAAUGCACUUAAGUUGUCUCUUUGCAUUGCCAAGUUAUUGACCUUUUGUAAAUGCAUUUUACCAAAGACUCAAUGCCAUUAAAAUACAGCACUCUGUCACAAUACAAAAGCUGUAUUGCAUUUUUAUUCACAUGAAUAUGUACAAGAAUCAUUUAAAAAAAAACUAAUCAUUUUAAUUGUUUGACAUUUUUAGAGCUUUAAAGGAAUAACUGAGACUAUUUAACUACUUACUGGUUAUAGAUGAUUGGUAAGGACUUUUUACAGCUGCAUUAUUCAAUUAUGGAAUAUAAUUGUAAGCUCUUCUGUCUUGAUUUGCCAUCCUAAUGAAUGAGUACAUGAGUAAAAACACAUAAAUUUGGCAACCUCUUUUCUGGUGGUUGCUCUCCUGUGCAUUUUUGAAUUUUCUUAUUUUAUACCACCUAAUUAUUUGAAUACUUUAAAACCCUGGCAUGUUAGGGAGAAAAAAAAUGUGGUAAGUCCAUAGAGGUAGAAGGUAAUGCUUAAUUAACUAAUACUCACAAACAUUUUACUAUUAAAGACGUAUACAAAUUUUAGGUAUCUGUAUUCUUUCAACCUAUAUUGAAUGUUUGAAUUCAAAGUGCCUUAGUAUCAUGCCUAAGAAAAACAUGAUUUCUAACUAUUAGUUAACAGUAAUAACUUUUGUUUGAUAUAUUUUUUUUUGUAUUUGAAUAUCUUUUAAAUAAAACUGAUGUUUAACUCUUGGAAAAUAAAUUGAUAUUUUCAAAAUGUGUCUAAAUAACUUUAAACAUAAGUCUUUCUGAUUUAUUCAACCUGGACUCAGUUGUACUUCACUUUAAGGAUCUGUGUCUGUUUCAAAGAAUACUUUUAACUUAUACAUGUUUGUCUUAUCAUUAGCACUUAGCAUUUUACCCACAACUUGGUGUGAGGUAGAAUGGAGAACUCUCAUAUGCCAUUGCCAGACUGAUACAGGCAAAGCCUCUCAGUUCAUUUGCCCUGUUUUCAUAUCACUUUAUAUGUAUUCUAAGGCUUGGUGUACUUCUCAUGUGCUUAAAGGUAAUAGAAACAAAGCAAUGACUUUUUCACAGUUGAAUAAAGUUUCCAGUUCUUUUAAGCUAAAGGACAUAGCCUACCUUCUUAUCUGUAUGACAUAGUUUAAAUAUACUCAUUCUCUUGAUUACACUAAUGAGCCUAAAUUUUCAUUGUUUAAAAAAGCACAAGGGCUAUUUAAAAAUUUAAAUUUAUGAAACAAAUGCAUUGGUAAGUGUUUUUGAAUUAGUGAAGCAGCUUCACUAAAUUAAAGUAUUUAUCAUAUGUCUCAUCACCAGAUCACCAUGAAACUUUUUCAGACUUUCAGUUACACAAUCUUAAUAGGAAGCAAAUAAGAUUUAAAAACAAUUUGCAUAAAUCAUGCAGCAAAAAUGCCUAUAGCUAUGUGAGAAAAUAACUCAGAGAUUGAUCAGAACAAAUAGUAGUUGUGCACUAACAACUUUUUU